AUGUCAAAACCCCCAAAAUUAUUUUUUAAAACAAAAUUAAUUCUUUUUAUUUUAAUUAAUUUAUUAAUUUCUAAUAAAUUAUUUGCUGCAGAAAAUGAGGGAGGGGAAAUUAAUAAAGAAGAAAUUAAUGAAAAAGAAGAAGAAGAUAAUAUUUCUACUACACAAAUUUCAACAACAACAAUUACCACACCUAUACCCAAAAAUUAUGUCGGCUCCUAUUUGGUUAUAGCUCCAAAAAUUGUCAGAUCAAGAUUGCCAUAUGCUGUAUCUGUUAAUAUUUUGAGAAGUUCAGAACCUGACCACAUUGUUCGGGUUGAAAUAAGGGAUUCUAGAAAUGAGACAAUUGCGGCACGGGUUGUUAGUAAUGUUAAAACAGGUAUUCCACAAACAAUAACUGUUGAUAGUCUUCCAGAGGAAGGUUUAUUGACUGAAGAACAAUAUUCUGUUUAUGUUAAAGCUGAAACUAUAGCUUCUCGUACAGUAUUUGAAGAUUCUGCCUCAAUUCGUGCUAGUCAAAAAAGUAUUAGUAUUUUUGUGCAAACUGACAAAGCAAUUUAUAAACCUGGCUCUGAUGUUCAUUACCGAGUAAUUGUUGUAACCCCAGAAUUGACUCCAUAUUCAGAACCAGUCAGUUUAUAUAUCGAAGAUCCAAACCAAAACAGAAUUGUGGAUACACCAAAAAUUGAAUUGAAAAAAGGGGUUCAUUCUGGAGAAUUAACCCUUUCAACUGAACCUCCUCUCGGAAUUUGGCGGAUUUUUGUUACUACAAAAUCUGGACAAAAAUUUAAUAAAGAAUUUACUGUUGAACGUUAUGUUCUACCAAAAUUCGAAGUAAAUAUCAAAACACCAACAUAUAUAACAAUUAACGAUUCAUUAGACGUCACAAUAAUAGCAAAAUAUACUUACGGAAAUGGUGUUGCUGGGAAAGUCAAAAUUCGUUUAGAAUUGCCAUUUCCUCGUUGGUCAAUCCAUUCUUUACAACACUCACCAAAAUUAGAAAAUGGGGGAAUUGAAAAAACAUUAAAAUUAAAUCCAAUUGGAGAAACUUUUAUUCAUUUUGAGAAUCAAGAAUUGAGGGAAAGGAAAUUAAUUAUGGAUUAUGGAGGGAGUACUUUAAGGUUAAUUGCUGAAGUUGUUGAAGAAUUAACUGAACAAACACGGAAUAGUUCUGCACAGUUAACAAUAUAUGAAUAUGAUGUUAAAUUAGAAUUAGAAAAACAAGGAGAAACAUUUAAACCUGGAUUGCCUUAUUCUGUUGUUGUUGCUUUAAAACAAAUGGAUGAUAGUCCAAUAAAAUCGUCCUUACCUCGACGUGUUCAUUUAACAACAUUUUAUUUUUUCCUUUCAACAAGUACACAGGAAGAGAAGGAAGUUAAAAUACUUGAAUUAGAUGCACACGGGACUGCUAUAAUGCAAUUACUUCCUCCAUUAAAUUGCUCAAAUUUCCGUGUCGAAGCCUCUUAUGACCGUUCAGGACAUGAUAACUUUACAAAUUCCCCAAUUUAUUCUUCUUUGUAUGUUGAAGCUGCUAAAAGUCCUUCCCAGUCAUUUUUACAAGUAAAUGCUGAUAAUCAAGGAAUUGUUGAUGCUGGAAAAACACUUUCAUUUAGUGUUAAAUGUACAGAACCAAUGACUUCUUCUUUAACAUAUCAAGUUGUUGCUCGAGGAAUUGUUGUUUUAAGUGAACAAAUAGCUUUUCCACAAGAAGGCCAAACUAAUGCUAUAAUUAAUUUUGAGGCUACACCACAAAUGGCUCCAAAAGCAAGACUUGUAGUUUAUGCAAUUAGACCAAAAAACAAAGAAAUAAUUGUGGAUGCAGUUGAUUUUAAAGUUGAAGGACUUUUUAGAAAUAAUGUAACAUUAACUAGUAAUGUUAACCAAGCAUCGCCUGGAGAGCCAAUUAAGUUAUCUGUCCACGCAUCUCCAAAUUCUUUUGUUGGUCUUUUAGCUAUAGAUCAAUCUGUUUUGUUGUUAAAAAGUGGAAAUGACUUAACUAAAGAAUUGGUUGAACAAGAUUUGGAAGAAUAUGACACAACAAGCAGUGGAAACAGAUUUUGGGGAGAUUUUCGUAGGAAACGUCGUGCUAGAUCAAUAUGGUAUCCAUUUUGGGGUGUUGGUGGAAGGGAUGCUAAUUCUAUAUUUAAGAAUUCUGGUUUAAUUGUACUUACUGAUGCUUUUCUUUACUCUGAACCUGAAUCAAGUAAUUUUUAUUUUUAA